AAAAACAUUGCCAGUUUUGAACGACUCAUUGAAUACUCGACCGUCACUAUAAAACCGUAUCGCUUCACGACACGUUCUGUCUCUUUACGGCACCUUUCAGAAGAGUCGCAAAGCAGCUCGCGUGCUUCCGGUGAAAGGUUAACGCGACAUAACAGCAAAACACGCUUCGCCUCCCCCGUUGGCACAAUGCCCUUCCUGGACCUGCAGUCGCGUCUGGGCAUCAAUGUGGACCGCUGGCUGCUGCUGCAGAGCGGCGAGCAGCCCUACAAGCGGGCGGCGCGCUGCCACGCCUUCGAGAAGGAGUGGAUCGAGUGCUCCCACGGCAUCGGGCAGACCCGUGCCAAGGAGGAGUGCCAGCUGGAGUUUGAGGACUUCUACGAGUGCAUGCACCGGCAGAAGCUGCACCAGCGUCUGCACGCCAUCCGCCAGCAGCGUGACAAGAUGGUGAAGGAGGGCACGUACACGCCGCCCCCCUGCCACUCGGGCCAGGCGGGCCAGGCUUAAUGAGUGCUUUCCACUCUGUCAUGUACAGGGGAAAAAAAAGCCAUUGUCCAAUUAUUUUCUUCUUCCUCCGUGUACUAGUUUUCAAAAUAAAAGUAAUCACCUCCA